GCACAGGCACAGGCACACACACACACAGUUAAGGAAACAUUUGAUCAAAGGGGUGUGUUUUGUAGGUGAAAUGAAACUCAGAAACUCUACUAAUACAGAUGAUGAUCAGAAUAAGACAGGAUAAAGACAGGCAGCCAGAGACGUGUAAGGGAUCAGAACUUCACCAAGAUUACGUUUUACCACGAUCUUACCAUGACUGACUUCACACCCCAGCCACCAUCCUGCAAUUCUCCACAGAACACUCCUGAAUCCAUCAUGCAGUACCUCAAAUGUACUAUUUGCAUAGAUGUGCUGAAGGAGCCUGUCACUACCACCUGUGGUCACACCUUCUGCAAGUCCUGCCUCGAUCGCCACAUAACCUUUAAUGACCAAAGCUGCCCAUUAUGCAAGAGUCAGCUGCCUGAAAUAAAGGUAAACAUUGUCUUAAAAGAAAUUUUGAAGGAGCUCCAAAAACCCCUCAUGCAAAGUCCAGAUGAGUUCACCGGCAAGCCGGGGGAGGUCCCCUGCGAUGUCUGCAAUGAGGGUCCCAAGUAUAAAGCAGUAAAAUCCUGUUUGAUAUGCUUGUUGUCCUUCUGCAAAAGACAUCUUAAUGGGCAUAAGAAGUCACGUUUCAAAGGGCAUAAGCUGGUAGCGCCAGUGAAUGACUUGGACCAGUGGGCAUGCUUGGUCCACGGCAGGCCUCUGGAGCUCUAUUCAGGCAGUGAGGGGAAGUUAAUCUGCAGCCUCUGUGUACAAGAAGGGACAAAUAUGGUGUCUGCGGAAGAUGAAAAAGACAGAAAACAGGCAGAGCUGUGCACUAAAAUAAGCAAGAUUGAACAGGGAAUACAGCAGAGAAAGGAGAACAUAAGUGAGUUGGACAAUUCUGAAUCGGACUGCUUGAACCUGAUUAAACAGGAGACAAUGGACAUUAAAAAUGUUUUCAGUGCCAUAAAGGAGGCAAUAAAGAAGGCAGAGGUUGAGGCACUAAGACCUUUAGAAGAACGGAGGAAGCAGGUGGAGCAGGAGGCAAAUGGCCUGAAAGGGGAUUUGAUGGGUAAUAUCAAAACUUUGAGUAAAACCAUCUCAGAUCUACAAAUAUUGAGAGAUGAAGAAGACCCUGUCUUCUUUCUACAGAAUUAUUCAUCCACUACAGUGGAAGAUGUUAGCAGUGACUGGACUUCUGUUUCCUUGGAUACUGAUUUGAGCUUUGGCACAAUAAGGAAUACAGAGGUGACCAUGAUGGCUAAUAUUAAGGACGAGUUUGAGAAACUCUCCAAAAUAGAAGUUGCAAGGGUUAAGAAAUUUGGAGUGGAUGUGACUCUGGAUCCAGAUACAGCUAACGCACAGCUCCUAAUUUCUGAUGACAUGAGGCAGGUGCAAAACUCUGAGGAGAAAAGGGAUGUAUCCGAUUGCCCUGAGAGGUUUGAUAUGUUUGGCAGCGUUCUGGGACAGAACCGCAUGACUGACAGUAGGGCAUUCUGGGUAGUGGAGGUUGGAAAUAAAAAAGGCUGGGAUAUUGGGGUGGCAAGAGAGGAGGCUAACAGGAAGGGGGCAAUCACCCUCAAACCAAGCCAGGGAUACUGGGUGAUUGUGCAUUAUAAUGGCGACAAUUACGCAGCUCUGGAAGACACUCCCACUCUGCUGUCUCUUUCAAAUGCACCCUGUAAAGUAGGAGUGUUUGUAGAUUAUAAUGAGAAGUUGGUCUCCUUUUAUGAUAUGGAAGCAGAAACUCAUAUAUACUCGUUUACUGGCUGUGAUUUUGGAGCAGUAAUUAGGCCUUACUUUAGCCCCCACAUGAAAGAGGAGGACCCGUUGGUCAUCUGCCCUGUAAAUCCCAAUGAAUAAUAUCUUGAUUUAAUGAGAAACAUGAUUUUUGAGCAACUGUAAAAUGUAAAAGCUAGGCAUUAAAUUCCAGAAUUUCAGAAUGAAGGUUAAUUUUGUGAAAUAUUGUGAUUUUACUGCCAUUAUUGAAAUUUAUAUGCAAUCCAUCUGGGGUUUUUAGGUUUGAAAAUUUUUUUUUUAUCUUUCCUGGCACCUUUUCCUUUCAUAUUUGGGGUGAUUUUGCAAAUAUGGUACAGUGGAUCUGAUGGUUGAUGAUUUGUGAUGCAAUUGUAAAAAAAAAAGAAAUGCACUGAAGCACAUUUAUAUGUAUAAACAUUCAAAAAAGGGCACUAUUUUUAUUUACUACUAAAUAAAAUAUUUUACCUAUUA